AUGACCGGAACGCCUGCACCAGCCGUCCUACCCGUUUGGAAGUCAAAGAUCCAACCCACCUGUGAAACUUCUGUCGAUUUCACCGUGGACUGGUCUGCAAAGUUCGGAGUCGUCCCCCUCUCUACAGUCCGUUUUCAGUGGGGUACGCGACCAGCUGGUGCUGUAACAUUAUCAGCAAUUAACGCUGGAAUGAGCAUGCUCACUCCUGCUGUGUUAACUGCUAACGCCUCAGAUGGUUUCUACUAUCUAAAUGUUGAAAACACUGGAAGUACUCCAAUGGCUACUGCAGCCAAGUUAACUAUGACCCAAUUGAAAGCUGGUGCGGACGGAACGUGUUACGUCGACAUUUCUGACAUGGAUGCCUACCCCGCCAUCAACGCUGCUGCUACUGGAACUGGUGCUACCACGAGUGUCAAAUCUGGUGCUGCGCACACUGCUGGUUCAAUAGUUGCAGUUGCAUCAGUUUUGGGCUCUGCAUUGAUCUCUGUCUUCUUGUUCUGA